AAGCUCUAACUGGAAAUUAUCCUGGUUCUCCAGCCAGCCUGGAAGAGCACAGCGGAGGGCUGGGUCCUGGAACAGCAGCAGCGAAAUGAAAACACAGGAGCCUGAUCCACAGCUGCCCGCUUCUGUCCUCGCUGAAGGGACCAAAGUUCACCCUGUGGGCACCUCUGCUUCCCUGUGAGCAGAAGAAAAGAUUGAUUUGAGCUUUUAAGGCACCUUGGCAGGGAGUGCCUCUGGCGGGGAGUGGGCUGCGAAAGAGUGAGAGCUGCUGGAAUUCAGAAGUCGCCCUUCCUUCUCCUCUAGAAGAUAUGAUUUCCAGGAAGGUGCUGCUGGGAUCUCUUCUCUGCCUGGGUGUGGUUGCUGCACUUGUCUGGGCUAUGGCUGGGCGUGGAAAAGUGCACUACCUGCCCUACUACCUUCCUUGCCCUGAAAUCUUCUCCAUGAAACUCCAAUAUACAGAAGAGAAGCUAAUCCAGCUUUUCCCCCAAUUAUUUUAUCAGCAGCCAAGAGUGCUGGCGCCAAAGCGCCAGGAUGUGCUGACAGUCACACCAUGGCUGGCCCCCAUCGUCUGGGAAGGCACCUUCGAUCCUGAGGUCCUGGACAGUGCCUACAGACCCCUGAACCUCACCAUAGGGGUGACAGCCUUCGCUGUUGGGAAGUACACGAGGUUCGUGCGUCGCUUCCUGGAGUCGGCGGAGCAGCAUUUCCUGCGCGGGUACCGGGUGAACUACUACAUCUUCACAGACAGCCCCCGGAGCAUUCCCCGAGCCCGGCUGCGCCCGGGGCGCCGCCUGCUCACCGUGCCCAUCCGCAAGUACUCCAGCUGGCAGGAGAUCUCCAUGCGCAGGAUGGAGGCCAUCAACCGGCACGUGGCCGAGGUGAGCCGUCGGGAGGUGCGGUACCUCUUCUGCCUGGACGUCGACAUGGUGUUCCACAACCCCUGGGGCCCCGAGACCCUGGGGGACACGGUGGCAGCCAUCCACCCCGGCUACUUCGACGUGCCGCGAGAGCAGUUCCCUUACGAGAGGAGGAGCUCCUCGGCAGCCUACAUCCCCGAGGGAGAGGGGGAUUUCUACUACGGAGGAGCCGUGUUCGGGGGCUCGGUGGAGAAAGUCUACGAGUUCACCAAGACCUGCCACAUGACCAUCCUGGCAGACAAAGCCAACGGGAUCAUGGCAGCCUGGCAGGAGGAGAGUCACCUCAACAGGCACUUCCUGUCCCACAAACCCUCCAAGGUGCUUUCUCCAGAGUAUAUAUGGGAUGACAGGAAGCCGAAGCCCCCCGAAAUCCGGCUCGUACGUUUUUCCACCGUGGAUAAGGACUACAAAGAGAUCCGAAACUGAGCAUCUGAUCCCUGCAGAGAGAUCCUCCACGCAACCAAAGCCUCCAAAAUUAAUUCCUGCAGAAUGCGCCCCACCGUGGAUUUUUGGUCCUGGUAGGAGCAAACUGGGAUAGUUUGUGUGGAUAGUUCCUCUGGAGAGAAGAGUCUAAAUGCAUCUCAGAAGCAGCAGUCAAAGUGCAGGUGAGACUGAAAAGGUUUCUGGAUUCCCACUCUUUGUAAAUACGUUCUGCUUGAGGCUGUAGCACACAAAAAAGCAUCCAAAAGGCCAAUCCAUGCACGUCGAGUGUUUUCCUGAGGCCUGGUGGAAACUUAACAAGAUCAAAACGGCAUUUGACGUUCCCGUGGAGAAGAAGACCUUGGGUUUUGGUAAAGACCUUUUCACCUUAGAAAAAGAGAACAUUGCAGGGCAAUAAUUUUUUUCCUGCAUUGUGAUUUAAACUAACACCUUUUGUCAGAAUCAGGAGGAAACCUGCACUCUGAGCACGUCAUCCCUGACUGCUGUGCAGCAAGAUUCCUUGGACCUUCUCAGCAGGGAGCUGGUGCCAGGCAUUGCCAAUAAGAGCCCUGGUCUGACAGGACAAACUGUGUGAACUCACCUGGCAGUUAUCUCCCAAAUCCAGCCUGUGCUUUGGAGACCCGAGUUUAGACAGAACUGGCACAGCUCAGAGCAGGCUGAACUUCUUCGGGUUUAUUUCAAUCGCAGAUGUGCUCUGAACCUUUUCCCUGGGUCGCACGUCUCCGUGGAUCAUGUAAUCUUUUCCAACACAGAAAAUCUGGUCUUGAGAUGUUCACGUUCCCCUCCAUCGCUUCAGCCCUUUCCAAUUUUUCCAAGCUCUGCGAAAUAAAUUGGCGAGAAGCUGCCGGGGCUGACAGC